CGACAAGCGGUUGCGUGUGUGUGACGUCCGCAUAAAAAAAGAAACAAAAAAAUGCCAAAUAAGUAUACACGAAAGACUGAUAGGGGUAUGGCUAGUAUCGACAUUUACGAACUAGCCUUUGAAGAAGUUACGUUGAGGGGUCAAAGUCUCCGAAAUGCCGCAUCUUCUUACAAUCUCAACUACAUGUCUUUGCAAAGAUAUAUUAAAAAGAAACAGGCUUUUCAAGAUAACGCAACAGAGGUGAUUCCGUCCAUGGGUUAUGCUAGUCCAAAAGUUUUUACAGAUGAGGAAGAAAACAUAUUAUGCGAGUAUUUAUUGACAUGCGCUGCAUCCAAUUACGGGUUGACAACUAAAGAAACAAGAAGAAUUGCGUUCAUGUUAGCAAAAAAAUAUAACAAAAAAUAUCCGGCGUCAUGGGAAAAAAAUGAGAUGGCAGGAGAAGUGUGGCUUAAAUUGUUUAUGCAACGACAUCCCAAUUUAUCUUUAAGAUUACCACAAGCUACAAGCAUAGCUCGCGCAACGAGCUUUAAUAAAAGUAAUGUGGAUGCUUUCUUUAAGAACUAUACUGAUAUUUUAAACAAGCAUAAUCUUGUAGCAAAAGAUAUUUGGAACGUCGACGAGACAGGCAUUACAACAGUUCAGAAACCUGACAGGGUUAUAGCGCGACGUGGAGAAAAACAAGUCAGUGCGAUGACAUCGGCGGAACGAGGAACCUUAGUUACUAUGGCUUUUGCUGGAAACGCAAUAGGUAAUUAUAUACCGCCUAUGUUUAUAUUUCCACGUAAGAGAUUCCAAGAGCAUUUCAUUCGUGAUGGUCCGACUGGUUCUGUUGGAACCGCUAACGGAUCGGGAUGGAUGCAGGAGAAUGACUUCCAGUUUUUCCUUGAGCAUUUCAAAAAUCACGUUAGACCGUCAAAAGAGAAUAAAACUCUGUUGCUCCUAGAUAACCAUGCUUCGCACACAGCUUUGAAGAAUAUUGAGUUCUGCAGAGAUAAUGGGAUUAUUUUACUGACAUUUCCCCCACACUGCACACAUAAGCUGCAACCUUUAGAUCGUGCUAUAUUUGGGCCUUUAAAAAAAGCAAUCAAUACAGCUUGUGAUGAUUGGAUGCGCUCUAAUGCGGGGAAAGUCAUGAGUAUAUAUGAUAUUCCAUCCAUAACAAGAUCAGCAUUUAACGUGGCGAUCACUGCAAAGAAUAUCAGUGCUGGUUUUGCUGCAACUGGAACAUGGCCUGUUAAUACUGAUAUCUUUGGAGAAGCCGAUUUCCUGCCCAGUCAAGUCACUGACCGUAUUUUGCCAAAUCCGGAACCAGAGCAAUCAUCAAGCGUUCAAGAAACUACGGCUAAUGUAGAAAAUAGACCCUACACUCCAAAUCCUACUAUUGACACCGUUGAAUUCAAUGAAGCAAGAGCUCUUACUCAAGUUACAUCCACUGAUCAAGCCACAACAUCUAUCAAUCAAUCUUUGCCAAUUAAUAACGCCAAUGAACCCGUCGCCUCCACGUCUAGAGCUCGUACUCCUCUAGCUACUACUUCUAAUGUGUUCUCGCCAGAAUCAGUGAGGCCGUUGCCGAAAGCUCCGCCUAGAAAAAAUAACCAACCUAAUAGGCGCAAGAUAAAAUCGGCUGUGCUUACUGACACACCUAUAAAAAAUGAAAUAGCUGCCAUAGAAGCCAGCAGGAAGAUUAAAAGCGUGAAAAAACGCGUUUUAAACGAAGGAAAGGUUGUACCUAAAAAAACCAAAAAGACUAAUAAGAAGAAUGCAAAUGAUGCUGAAGAAGAUGAAGAAAAUGAUUAUUUUUGCUUGUGCUGCCUCGAACCUUAUGCCAAUAGCAGAUCGAAUGAGAAGUGGGUUCAAUGCUUGGAGUGUAAAGGCUGGUCUCACGAAGAAUGCACUGGGGGCGAGCUGCAAUACGUCUGCCAUAAUUGUUUGUCUGAUUAGGUUAAGACUAUUGACUGAUUUUAAAAAUAUUGAUCUCAUAAUAAUACCAUAAUUGUUCAAAAAAAUAAUUUAAUACUUUUUUUAUAUUCAUAUUUGUUGUUAUUAUAA